CCCUGAAGGAUGGCUUCCAUUAUGGGGGAUGCGAUCAUGGUGCUCAAAGGCCUUGCCAAGCUGACGGAGGCAGCCGUGGAAACCCACCUGCAGCACUUCGGCCUUGGUGCGGAGUUCAUCAUGGCAGCCCGGGCCCUGCAGUCCACAGCUGCAGAGCAGUUCAGCAUGGUCCUGGGGACGGUGCAGGAGCAGGACAAGCAUGAAGAAUCUUACAUGUCGGAGAGCUUUGACGACCCAGAAUCAGAGUUCCACUUCUCAGGGCCAAGGGCCGAGGGCGCCUCUGCAGACUUCUCUGCAGCCUCCUCCCAGGACCAGCCGUUGUCUCCACCCCAGGAUUAUGCCAGCAGCAAGGGCCCAGCUCCUGCCUACGCUGACAGUGGACCCUUUAGGGAAGCUGGGCUCCCAGGGCAGACUGCCUCUCCUCUGGGCAGGCGGGACGGGAGGCUUUUUGUAGAUAGCAGAGCCCCCUUCUGUCCCACUGGCCUGCAGCGAAGGUUCUUCCACCAGGACCAGUCCCCUGUGGGGGGCCUUACAGCCGAGGACAUUGAGAAGGCCCGGCAGGCCAAGGCGCGCCCCGAGAGCAAGCCCCACAAGCAGAUGCUCAGUGAGCGGGCUCGGGAGCGGAAGGUGCCAGUAACAAGGAUUGGGCGGCUGGCCAACUUCGGAGGUAAGGCGGCUGUGUGUCUGUGCCCUCCCCUGCCCUGGCAGGCCAGUCCUGGCUGAGGGGGGCUGGCCUACCCUGGCCCCAGCAUGGAGGUGGCAGAGGGCGGGGCCCACAGGUAUCCUGGGGAAGUAGUACGGGCUCCUGGAUGUUUCCCAGGGGUGGAUGAUUCAGUUAUUGGGAUCCACUGUGCCUAAGCUCACCCUAGGGGUUGGUGUGGCUGAUGCCACACGGUGAGCUGCAGCUUUGCUUCUCAGGCCACGCUUGGGGUUCAGUGUCUGCAGCUUCAGCUUCUCCUACUACCUCGGCCUCCCCGCCAUUCAGCCCUGUGGAGGCCUCUGCAGGAAGGAGGCCGGAUAGUGAGGGAGUUCCUCACUGGGCCUGUGUGGCUAACUAGACAGAGUGGUGUUUGCUCCGGGAACCAGCCGUUUGGAGACCCAUUUGCCGGAUCCCCACAGGCUUGUGGGGCAUCAGUAAUGACAAUGAGGUGCCGAGGCCCUGAGCUGCUGGCAUUUCAAGUCCAUUCUAAGAUGCCGUAGAGCUGUGGGCUUUAUUUGUCCUUUUCUUUGGGGG